UAUCACAUCUGCCCAUGUAAAAACAUUGCUCCCUCUUAUUUAUAAAGAGAUCUGGGGACCACAGUGCAGAGAUGGGGAGGGGUAAGGACCUGCCCUGGCAGAUGGGAUGUGCUAAAUGUCAUUUGUCGUUCUGUUUCCACAGAAAAGCAAUAGAUGAUCUGAAGCAAGAACACAGACAUGUGACAUUAACGCUGAGCCAGAUCUAUUCCCCGAGUAACUUGUUGCGGGACAACAGAAAUCGAAUGAAGCUCCGAAGCCUUUUGCAGAUCAGAACGCAGAAUGAUGUCCUGAUCAAAGAAAGAAAAGCCCUGCUAAGUGACCUGGCCAAGCAGGUGAGAGCAUCCAGAGUGUUCCCUGGUCUUCUGCUGCCUUUGCUCUCUUGGGGAGGAGGACAGUGCAGGGCCAGCUUCAAAUCUCUUUUGAAAUCUCUUCAAAUCUCUUGGGCUGUGUUGGACCCUGCCCUGAUCAAGGUCUUUAAGCUCAACCUGAACCCCCCAGUCCCCCACCAAUUCCAGCUUUGCUCUCGCCAGGUCACCGUGCGUUACAACAACAUCAUGACCCGGAACAACAGGCUCCGAGAGGAGAUGGUGAGCCUGCAAAUCCAGAAAGCCAUCUAUGACAACUCCUACUGGAAGCUGGAAAGAAGGCUGGUUCGGCAGAACAAAUUGCUGAACGAUGCUAUCGAGCAAGCCACUGAGGAUUAUGAGCAAGAGAGGAUUCACUGCUCUCAUCAUGGUCAGUGUGGGGAGACUGGUACCUCCAGGGUGUUUUAUUCCAGCUAUUCCAGAUGUUUCUUUGGAUGGGAUGAACUGCCCCAUGGAGGGAUUCUUUUUUCUGAGUCCCACCUGAGCUGGGUACUGAGCCCUAGUACAAAACCCCACCAAAAGUUGUGUUGGUGGCUGGGAAUUCCCUCUGGACUAACUCCACUCCAUCCAGAUGAGAGCUGGGAAUGGGCACAGCAUCACAGGGGCUUUGCCAGGCCUGGAACUCCUGGCAGUGGCCAGGAACACAGAGCCUUAUACACCCACAAGGUGAGAGUGUUGCUGUCUGUGUGCAGGAUGGAGGAUCUGGGGCGGAUCUCAGACAUUCGGGACGUGCGCUACAGAGAAACCAUCCAGUACAACAUCAGGCUGCUGGAGAGGAAGUGUGCCCUUCACAAGGAGACCAGGCUGAAAAACUUCUUCCUCAGCAAAUGUACAGAUCACUCUGAACUGAAGGAACAGGCCAAGCAGAGAGAAGCCUUUGAGGCAGCUGAGAGGGCCAAACAGAGCCAAAAGGAGAGCUAUGAGGUGGCCUACAAGCGUCUGCUGGAGCUGUCGGAUGGAGACAUCGAUGAUUUCUUGGAGGACUUCAUUGAAAAGGACAGGAGAUUCUUCAUCCUCUUUGGCUAUGCCAUUAGGCUGAACGUCAGGAAUGAGGGUCUCAAGCAGAGGAUCCAGGCGAUCCAGGUCUGUUCCUGGCUCUUCACGUCUGAUGACAUGAUGGCCAUCACAACGGAGCGGGAACAAGCUGAGACAACUCGGACUCAAGUCCUGCAGGAGCUGGAGGCAAAAAUAACAGAGACCACCGAGGAAGCCAACAAGUAUGAGAACAAGUGCAAGGAGAGCAGCAAACUCCUGGCACACAUCCAGUCUCGUAUGGAGACCCUCUUGAAGGACAUGGACUGCGACACUACAAAGAUAUUGAAGCCUCUUGGGGAGAGCUUGGUGCCAGUUUUUGGUAGGUCAGGGCUGCCCAUCUUCCCAUCCCACGUGCCUUGGGAACUCCUGUCCACCACCCACUCACGCUGUGUUUUAAUUGAGCUUUUGUUGUCCCCAUCCCAUCAGCCAUGUGUGCCCCAAAGUGAAUUUGCAGCACCAAAUUCCCAGCAAAUCUGGGAGCUGAUUUGGAUGUAUAAACAUCCCAGUGGAUCCCCAAACCCUCAUUGUGGCUCUGGGUGUUGUGAUUCCACGACCCAGCCCUGGCCCCUGACCCAAAUGAUGGAAAGCAGUGGAUGCCCUGCUCUGCAGGCAGCCAGGGGUGGGUUUGUGCAGGGUCCUGGUGCAGGGACACUGCGGGACUCUGCUCCUUCCCACCCAGGUCCCGUGGAGGACAAGGUCAAGGAGUUCCUGAUGAGGGAGUCCCUGCUGCGCUACACGUCCAUCGACCGCGCCCAGCGCUCCCAGUCCUUCAUCAGCCCCCUCCAGGGAGCCUCCAGCCUCCUCUGGGUCAUGGACCGGGCCAAGCUCUGCCCGCCCCCCCCAGACCUGGAGACCGCUGACCCCAAAACUGGUGAGCAGGGAGUGGGGAGAUGGGAUUGCUCCCCAGUCCCCCGUGGCUGCCUGGCCAUGCUGCCACAUGUCCUUCCCAGUGCAUCCCCUCCAGCCUGCCCUGCCCCAGCAGGGCUGUGAGACCUGUAAAACUGUGUAUUAUGGGAUGGCCAUUCUCUUGGGCAGAGGAAGAGCCGCUGAGCUGGGAUCAGCUGCGUCAGCUCGCUAUCCAGAAGAAGGAGGAGGAGCUGGCCAGGCCGCCCAGCCCGGGCAAGAGGAGGAGGAGACUCACAUCACCUUCAAAAAGCCCACCAGGGACAGGGACAAAUUAAAGAAGCAGUUUCAUUCUUGAGCAUCAUUCCAUCUUCCUUCUCUGGGAGGAGCCCAACACCUUUCACAGGCUUCAGAACCUCACCAGGUGAUAUUUUGGCAUGGCUCCACCCACUGCUGACAAAGCACCCGCAGCCAGGGUGGGAUCAGCAGCUCUACCAUGGGGUGACAUCCCUGUCCCCAUGGCUGGAGAUGGGGACCACGGUCCUGACCCUGCACCGUGCCUGGCUCGUGGGAUGCAGAGGAUGAGCUCACAGGGUGUUCCCUGCCAAGCUGGCAGAAGCUCACAACUCUCUGCUGCCUGAAGUAAAUCCGAGCUCAGUGCUGGGCUGUGGGAUGAGGCGGGAUGGGCACAGCCCAGUGUGGAACAGGCUGGUUUGGGGC